CCAAUGGUUAAAGAGAGCCGAGAAAUUAUUUCAGUUUCUCUAGGAAGGUCCCAGGGUGCAGUGCUCUUUUCUCUCUUUAGCAGGCGCCAUGAAAUCGAUAUAUCUAUCAGUGUUCCUGUAUGCCCUAUGCAAUGCACAAGGUAGAAGUACAACUAACCCCACGAACAGCUCGAAGGAAUCUGAGAUUUCAAUGCCCGCGUCGAGUUCAACGCCUGCGGAGUCAUCGACAACUGAAGAGACAAUUGAGAUGUCUACUACUGAAGAACCUGAAACUACAACCAACUUUGAUGAAGAACUUGAAAGGCGGGAAAAAUCUCUUCUAAACACCUUCCCAUUUAACAGGGAAGUUUCUGCCGCCAGCUCUGGUCGAGCCUCAGUUCAGUCUGCAGUUCUUAAUUUGAACCCUCUACAGAGGACAGCAUCAGUCCCUAAACUUAGAAUAGGACUGAUUGCUCCUCUAAGUAAACAAGGAUACCAGGAACCUAUUGCUCAGGAAGAGACAAAUGAAAACAGUGUGUUUGGAAGUGUUGUAACAAGUAAACCUGAUGCCGAUGGAAAACGUUGUGUUGACAAGGUUGAGAUGGUUACUGAGACAGUUUACGAUGAGGUUAUCAGUUGUGACCAUUCGUACGACAGACGUUGUCACACCUCCUAUACUACCUCCUACGAAGCCCAACAAGAAGAGGAGUGCGAGGAGAACUAUAUUAAGAGAUGUUAUAUUGCUUAUGAACCCAUUGCCUACAAUGAAACCAUUCAGAUUUGCCGAACUCCUCUUGUAAAAGACUGUGCUAUCCAAGGAGAAUCUGUAUGUAGAACUGUUUAUGAAUCUGAAUGCUGGACUAAACAGCAGGAACAUGCGGUGACAGAUGAUGUAGUAGACUGUGUAACUGUAGAGGAUGAAAAAUGUGAAGAUGAAACUGUAGGAUACACCACUCAGACCAAAUGUGAAAAAUGGCCAAGACAAGAGUGCUCUGUAAAGAAAGAAGAGGUUAAAAAGUACACCCCUGUGACUGGGUGUACAAAGGAACCAACUGAGCUCUGUGCCCCUGCAGGAUGUGGAUUCAAGGAGGGUGCCCCACUGUGCCAAGAUAAGAUAAAAACUAUUGUUCAAGAGAAACCAACUGAGGAGUGUGAUAUUGAGCCCGUAAGAACAUGUAAGCAUGUGACCAAGCUGGUUCCCAAACUAGAGCCAAGAGAGGAGUGUGUUGAUGUUCCCAAGGAAAUAUGCACAAGGUCUCAGACUAACCCCACAAAGGUUGCUAAGCCAGUAAUCAAGAAGUGGUGUUAUGUACCAAGCAAGGAGUCUGGUCUUGCCUAAUGUACUACAGUGUACUGCACUGUAAUGAACUGUGCUACACUAUACUGUAAAAACAGCUCAAAAUCAAAUGGUUUUGUCAUAAAUUACCAUAACAAAUUGUAAGUUACCAGUUGAAAUCAUUUUUAAUUUUUAACCUAAAAGUUAAAUGUUUAUACAAAUUGCUCAUAAUUACACAGCAAAAAUAUGCAUUAUUGCCUGAAGUUGCAGGGCAUUAAAUACUCAAUAAUACUUACAUAAUGUUUGCAAAAUAAAACAACAUGUCUUCCAGUUAUAAUAUUUUGUAAAUUUAGACUUUUAGUAAGAAAUAAAUAGUAUAAUAUUUUA